AUGGCUCAAGAUACCGUCAAAGACUUGCACGUUGCCAUUGUCGGCGCCGGGAUUGGAGGGCUUGCCCUGGCCAUGGGGCUGGAGAAGAAAGGCGUGCCCUAUACGAUUUAUGAAGCAGCUGCCGAGUACUCUGUUGUUGGAGCGGGCAUUGGCUUCGGCCCAAAUGGAGAUCUGGCGUUGGACAUGAUCGAGGAGGGCUUCCGUGCAGAAUAUGACAAGGUCUGUGUAGGCAAUAUGCCCGGCCACCCUCAGGAUAUCUACUACGAGGGCAUGCUCUUGAAGGAAGGUCUCGGUCUCAACGAGCCCUGGCGAGGGAAAUCAGCCUGGGGCCACCCGGACUAUGUCCGCAGAGGUGCCCAUCGCGUCGCAGUCCUCCAAAUCAUGACGAGCUUCAUCCCAAUCGAGAAUGUCCGCUUCAGCAAGUGCCUGAAAGAGAUCGAGCAGCGACCAGAUCGGGUCAAGUUGAAGUUUGCCGACGGCGAGGUCGCCGAGGCGAGUGUUUUGGUGGGCGCGGAUGGAAUCAAGAGCAUGGUGCGAGAGCACGUCCUGGGACCUUUGCACCCGAGCCAAGUGGCGCCCGUCUAUGCCGACUCGUACUGCUACCGAGGCGUGAUUCCAACAUCCGAGGCCAACGAGAUACUCGGAGAGGAGCUCAACAACGUAGCCAAGAUGUACGUUGGAGAUAGGCGUUGCUGUGUGACGUAUCUAAUCUCGAAAGGCGAUGAAUUCAAUUUCCUCCUCUGCGCCCUCGACGACAAGCCGUGGGAGUUCCCCAAUGCCGUCUCCCAGCGGAUCAGCCACGAGGCCAUGAUGGCCGAUUUCGAGGGACCAGUGGACGCGCGCUUCCGCCGGCUACUAAACAAAGCAAUGCCCGUGAAAUGGGGGUUCUUCCACCACCGCCACACCUCCACCUACUACCGAGACCGUGUCGUCCUCCUCGGCGACAGCGCCCACGCAUCACUCCCCUUCCAAGCCGCCGGCGCGGGCCAGGGGCUGGAGGACUCUUUGAUUCUCUCCAACGUGCUCGGCAGGAUCUACAGCACGCCCGACAAGGGCGCAGCACUGGACCCAUACAUUCGAGCGGGGCUUUCCGCGUACGACGCCAUUCGGCGGCCGCGUGCCCAGAUGCAGCUUGAGCGCGCCUACGAAAUGAGCCGCAUGUUGCACUUCCAGCACCCGGAAACUGGGCGCGAAAUGGAGAGGAUUGCAGGGAAGCUGCAGGAUGGCUGGUUCGAUUGGAUUUGGUUCCAUGACUUGGAGGGGGAUGUCCAAGCAGCGUUCCGGAAGAUGGAUGAGGCGUUGAAUGCGUAA